UAUUGAUCAAGUUAAAUUUUCUAAGGACGCAUGUUGAUAAGAUCGCGUAUUUGUCGACUGUAUAAGAAAUUUGUUACGAUAUCAACAUCCGUCGGGAGAAUUUUUGUGAGGUUCACCAUCGCGCGCCAUUGUACGAUCGUAAUUUUUCGUUUAUGACGUCAUUUGUGAAUUACACAAGCGUCAUCGCUCAAUCUGUUGUGGAAAAUUUCAUCGAAUUCAUGGCAGCACCGACUAACUCUGUUUUUCCUAAUAAAAAUUAAAACGGCGGAUUUUUCAACCAUAUUGUACCGUUCAGUGAACGUUCCCUACAGUGGUUUCGUUCCCCCGAGAAUCCCGUUUGAACGAAGUUUAAUUAUCGCUUUUGGCUGUAACUUGGCAACUUGCUGAAAUGUCGAUGCAACAGUUUUGUUUACGAUGGAACAACCAUCAGCCAAACUUUAUUUCUGUAUUUUCAAGUCUGUUGAACAAUGAAACAUUGGUAGACGUAACAUUGGCUGCUGAAGGAAGACACCUACAGGCACACAAAGUUGUAUUGUCUGCCUGCAGCACAUAUUUCCAAUCAUUGUUUACUGUGAAUCCAUGUCAGCAUCCGAUCGUCAUAUUGAAGGAUGUAAAAUUUUCUGAUUUAAAAAUCAUGGUUGACUUUAUGUACUAUGGUGAGGUGAACAUAUCACAGGAUCAAUUACCAUCAAUUAUAAAGACUGCAGAGAGUUUGAAAAUAAAAGGACUGGCAGAAAUGCAUACUGCUUCUUUAACCAAAUGGCCGAGUGGUAGCAGCGAGCCUGGAGGAGGAGAUCGCGGCGAAUCUUGUUCACCUAGUCCAUCUCCGUUAUCACCUUCUUUUAGAAGGAAAAGGUUAAGGAAAUCAUCCACAGGCUCAACAUCUGGGUCUGGUGACAAACCAGAAGAGAUGAAUGAAAUCACUUUAGUCGCUACCAAUAUCGUAAAACCAGAACCAUUAAUAGUGUCCCAAGAAAGCGGAGAGAGUCUAAGAAGACCGAUAAAUACUAGUACCGAAUCUCAAGGAAGCAUAGAUGAAGAUCAGAUAUCAAUUAUGAGUAACAUGGAAAACAGUUCCGCAACAACGCCAGCACAAAGCGAUGGAUCUUUACAAGACGUGAGUCAACAAUCAGGAGGAAAUGUGGCGCAAAGUUCGCUUUCUUCGCAACCACCUGCGCAUCAAGCUAUGCAUCUUUCAAUUGCAGUACCCUGCAGGCAAACAGGAGUGAAGAGGUGUCGUCUGUUGACCCGUCAGCCCCGUGUGAAGAAGGAGCCGAAUCACCUGUCACCAGAUAGCGAGACGUCCCCGCACAUCGUGCCAUCGUCGGGGCACACUACGCCCACCCUGACUCUACCGCAGAGUUCGAGAACAUUGGAGGAGACACGAAUCUGUCCGUCGCCACCGCAAUCGAUGCCGGUGAACCAAGCUAGUAGCCUGUUGACGGUCUCGACCUCGACGAACCUGUUGACCGUGCCUCAACCAUCCUACCUGAUGAAACAACACUCUCAUCCGAUCCUAUCUAGUCAACAACAGUCUACCAGCGGUAAUUACUGGAUUCACAGGCAGCAUUCGAAUCCAGAGCUACCCGGGAGGACCAUCAGCCCCUCCAUAGUAGUGGAACCUGCGCCUGUCGUCAAAAAGGAAGAGGACAGCUCGGAGGAGCCUAACAUCAUCACUGACACCGGAGGUUCGACCUCUGGACUCAGAGUGAAGACCUCGGAACUUAGAAGAAGCUCCUCCUCUCCUCAGACUCCAAUUAGGGAAUCAAGGGAAAGCACAGGGGAUCAACGUCUAGGACACUGUCCAGUGUUACGUCUAGGUCCAGCACUGAGCUGUAACCACUGUUGGAAGACCACAGACUCUCAUGGCAGGACACUACGAAGGAAAACAAAGUACCAUUGUCCAGAGUGCCAGUCCAACCUCUGCCUGGUACCCUGUUUUCAAGAAUACCACGAACAACGUCGAGAGCUGAAGCUGAAACCUCUACCGAAAACCAGUUCCGUCUAAUGCGUCCCUGUUUUGUAAAUCUUGUUUUAUCAAUCCUGAACACACACAUGCUUCGAAUGUGUGAGAGAAAAGAGUAUUGAUCAUUGAUCGACUCUGUUGAGACUCUAUGGUGUCUUUUUAAGGUGCUCGUAGGCCUUGAUUGUGAAAGAUACUUGUAAUGAAAUUGAUUUUGGAAAUUUUAAGAGACCAGUCGAUGGAUAAGUCUCUGAGGAUCGGUAUCUUCGAUAAGAGCUGAUUGUCGUUUGCCUUACCAGAUGAUAUUUUCAGAAACGAAGAUGAAUUGACUAGAUAACGAAAGUUCCUAAGGAUAUUAGCAAAUUGACACCAAAAAUAAUUGUAUAUUAUUCAUUUGUCUAUGAUUCGAGGUACCCGCUUGCGAAUCAGUUCCGAGUUGCAAUUAUUUUUUAAUGGUGUACCGAAAUCUUUUAAUUAUUUAUUUCUUUUGUUAACUCGAACUGACGUUUCCGAGGAACCUCUUUCCAUAAUUGUUGAAUAAAUGAAAUCGUUGUAAUGUUCUUCGUUGGGGGUGUAAACGAUACAUGGAAUAAUAAACAAAUGAAGAAGCAUAUUGCUAGCCUUACAGUUUCAGAGAAGAAUUUUCCAAGGAGCAAAUAUUGUAUGUUUGAGGGAAACCUGGAGGUCCUUUGAGGAUAUUGAGCGCGGCAAAUAUUAAGACCGAAGGACGAGGGGUUGGUUUUCUUAGAACUGAAACGAAGCCACGGUGAAAUAUUCGUCAGAGGAGCGUCAUAUUUUUCCUCCAACGAAUUAACCACGUAUUUGACUUUAUUUCUGGCUACGGUUUUCCAUUUCCAACUGUCGAAUCGUCCUUAUAUUAAAUGUAAAGGAGGGUGCAAUAUAUAGAAUUGAAUUUUAUUUAACGACAGAUUUUUCGAGGAGAAGAAAUACGAGUGAACAGAACGUUUUAUGUAAAUCUAAUUAUCCAAAAGAAAGUAAAGAUAACAGAUUAUUUGUAACGAUCUUUAAAGUACUGCAAACAAAAGUCUUUUAACAGGAAAUAAAGUCAUUGAAACAGCUGAUCCUCUGAAGUUACUUUGAGCAGUGUAAUUAACAUCUUUAUCUUAUGAAAUCUCAUUGGAAUUGUUUAACGAUCAUAAAACGUUCUAUAUUCUCGUACAAUAUGUACUUGUUGUUUAUAGUCUGUCUAAAAUGAAUUAAUUGCUUAAGGAAGAAAGCUUUUACGUAUAAUGACGUUAAGCCAUUCAUUAAUUUUCGACAGAUUAUAUUAUUGUAUCUAUAAAACGAUUAAUGUAUUUCUAUACGCGUGUAAAUAACCGUAUCGCUUGGAUGUACAUAUUUUUAUCGACUUCCGGUUUCGACGGAAGCCUCGAAUGAAUAUUGAUAAAGAAGAUCCGCAUUUUUGAUAUUACACAAUGUGACGACAGUCUCCAUCGGAGAUACGUGUAUUUUAUGCAUUUACUCGGCCAGAGGAGUUUGGAAUGAUUGUCCUCUUUUUUUUAAAGCAACGAAUAAAAGAGGCUAGAGAAUAUAGUUUUCUAUAGACGAAGAAACGUUGUCUUUAAUUUUUGGACUUUGUCGAAGAUAAGAAGUAUUUUGCACCUGUUUGCAAGAUUUUAUUACAGAGAUGAUAGAUAUAUGUAUAUGUAUAUUUGUUAAAAAAAUGAAAAAGAAAAAAAUUCAGAAGCUGAAAUUUUUGAGAAACGAUGAAUCGUCUUUCAUCGACCCGAGAGGAAUACCUUUUCGUUCCGAAUCAAGGGACUUCGUAAUGUCCUAUACCCUGAGGAAGAGCUUAGCACCCAGAAGAUGUAUUUUUUCUCCCAUCGAGUCCGUGUUUCUGAACGAUACGUUCCCCAGUCACAUAAUCGCGCACCUCGAUGAUAAACACGAGAGGAUGUAGCAUACAUGCAAUAUAUAUUUUUUGUCAGCGAACAUACUGUAACGACAGUUGUAUGGAGUAAUUACAUUUUAUGUAAACCUAGAAUAAGAUUCAUAAGUGAACGAAAUAAAAGAACGUGAUCUAA